AUGGACUAUGACAACAGUAAUGCCCUUGUGGGCAUUGAUGAUGACCUGUUUGUCCAAGAUCCAGAACAUGGAUUGUCGACUGGAGAUUCUUCUCGCAUGUAUGAUGGCAUUGACUGGCCGUCUCCCCAAGCUGAACUCCCAGCAUUGGACUGGCAUGAGCAACAUCCUGAAGGAGAUACAGAUUUCUCCCUGUCGGAUAUGAUCAAUCUGGAGUAUUGCGCUGACGACGAACCUGCGAAUACGAACAUGCUUUCUUCAGCUGUUGAGGCGGGAGAUUGUCCAGAAAAUACUACCAGUCGCACUGUUUCUGCUACAGAAAGCUCACACGGUGAUUUCGCCAACGUCCCCCAAUGGCUCGACGGCGCCUAUCGUCCUCCCGUCCCCUGCAGCUAUUGCCGACAGCAACGGCUGCAGUGUCUCAUCCUCCGCAAAACGCAGGCGAAUCCGAACCCGCUGGGCUCGUGUUCCACCUGCGUGGCGCUCUUCAGGGAGUGCAGCCGCGCGCGAGGGGAGAAGCGUCAGCCAUGCGACUUUGAGACUGUCACGCCGGUAUAUGGCCGUCUGCAUGGUGUUACGGAAAAGACGGAGGAGGACGUGGUCGGCGAUUCUGCACAGGCGAACGAAAACGAGAAGUCCAGCGCCGCGAUGCAGAUGCGUGACCCCCCAGUCGACAAUAAUUCCAGCAAGCCGUUCUCGAGGAAAGGAGCCAGGAUUCUCAGAAACUGGUUCCACCGCCAUCAGGACUUUCCGUACCCCACCGAUGAAGAGAAGACCGCGCUCGCUCACGAAGCCGGCCUCACCAAGAGACAGGUCUCGAACUGGUUCGCAAAUGCCCGGCGGCGCCAGAAGCAGCAGCAGCAUACGCGUUCUUCGUCGUCUCAGCUUUUCCCCUCUGGCUCGCCGAUGCCGACUUCGGAUGGCUUCGCAUUGAUGACGCCUAUGGAGCGGUGGAAGAGAUCGCCGCCGGAGAACGAGCCGGUGUCCGAAUCUGUGAUCCGCGAUGCAAUCGCCAGUGCGAGGAACCAGGAAGAUUUCACUGCCAACGCAAACAGAUCGCUAUUCGAUAAUGAUAUCGACGACGCUGCCUCGUCGCAUUUCACGUCUUCCAUCUCUAGUCUCGGAACCAGAUACUCGGAGGAAUCGGCCGAUAGCCUCUCCUCCGCGUGGAGCUAUCAAUCCGGAGACGGGAACUGGCCGUUUCCGUUGCUUGGUGGAGAGCAUCAUCAUGAUCAUCACGGGAAAAGACGUCGCCGGCGGAGAAGACGGCCGGUAGAAGGGCACCCGUACCAGUGCACCUUCUGCCGGGACUCAUUCAAGAAGAAGCACGACUGGAGCCGGCACGAGAAGAGCGUCCACCUGUCGCUGCAGUCGUGGAUCUGCACGCCAAGUCUGGAGGUCAUGCGGCAGAUUGGACAGACACAGUCACAAUCAUCACGCGAAUGCGCCUUCUGUGGCCACCCCUCUCCCUCCGAAACACACUUCGAGACGCACGAAUUCGACAUCUGCGCCGACAGACCGCUUGCCGAACGCACGUUCCGUCGCAAAGACCAUCUCUGGCAGCAUCUGCAAAAGUUUCAUCGUUGCAGGAACAACAACAGCGGUAUGCCUGCCGAUAUUGCAGCCUACAUCGAAGGCGUCUGCCGCUCAGAACGCAACGACGUCCGCAGUCGCUGCGGCUUCUGUGGCUGCACGCUGCACACCUGGACCCAGCGCGCGGACCAUUUGGCGGCGCAUUUCAAGGAAGGAUGUCGUAUGAAUCAGUGGAUUGGCGAUUGGGGGUUGGAAGGGUCAGUGUUGGCGGAGCUGAGAGAUGCGGUUAUUCCGGAGGAGCGUGGGGGUGGUCAUUAUUCGGGGGGAUGA